AUGAAUUCUACCGAACAAAAACUGCAUGGUAUUGGCAGUGGAGAAAACGACAGAGAUGUAACCCAAAUGUGCCGGUGUUGUCUUCCACUACGUUAUGUCAUCGGGAUUUUUAUCAUGCUUGGCUUUACGAAUGUUUACGCUAUGCGAGUUAACCUAAGCGUAGCUUUGGCUGUUAUGGUUGGUAAUCAAACACUCAUGAAAGGUGGCAUGGAAAUAGAGGAACCCGCAGAGUUUUCAUGGGGAACUAAAACUCAAGGAUUCAUUCUCAGUGCGUUCUAUUUCGGCUACAUUGUUAUGCACUUACCUGGAGGAUACUUGGCAAGAAAACAUGGCGGCGCUACAUUGCUUGGUCUGUCUGUUGGCGCCACAGGGUUCCUUACCCUUUUCACACCUCUUGCUGCAAAGACCCAUGUGGGAGUGUUCAUUGCACUAAGAAUUGCUGUAGGAUUUGCCGAGGGUCCUGUUUAUCCCGCCGGUCACGCUUUUUGGAGUAAAUGGGCGCCCCCCUUGGAAAGAAGUAAACUGGCAACUUUAAACGUAGCGGGGGGUAUUUUAGGUAUAAUAAUGUCCAUGUUUCUGUCUGGAUACAUUGCUUUUCAUUUUGGUUGGUCUUGGAUUUUCUAUGUCUUCGGUAGUAGUGGUCUUAUCUGGUCGAUUCUUUGCCUCUGUUUGGUUAGUAACUCACCUUCACAACAAAGGUGGAUCUCAAGAGAAGAAGCAGAAUAUAUUACAUUUAGCUUAGCAGGAGAUUUACAAAGUCAGGAUGUACCGAUUCCUUGGAAAGCAAUCUUCACCUCUCUUCCAUUCUGGGCCAUUAUUGUAACGCAUUCUACACAUUCGUUUGGCUAUUACAUGCUGAUAUCAGAGCUUCCUUUAUUUUAUACACAACGACUUCAUCUUGAUCUUAAACAGACUUGGACUGCAUCGUCCAUACCUUACGUGGUCACACUGGUGAUGCUAAUCCUCGGUGGUCAAAUAGCUGAUUAUCUUCGCAAGCAUCAUCUUGCAACCGGAACUGUGAGAAAGAUCUUCAAUACAAUUGGUUUCCUUAGUGAGGCUAUAUCGUUCUUAGUACUAGGCUAUUUUUCAAAUGCCACCACUGUUGCAGUACUGAUUACAAUAGGAGUGGGUCUCGGCGGACUGGCUCGUAGUGGAUUCUAUGUGAAUCAUCUCGAUAUUGCCUCACCUCUCGCUAGUGUCUUACUUGGCAUAACAAACACAGCAGCAUCAUCGGCUGGAAUCUUAGCCCCUAUCGUCACUGGAUUAAUUGUUCAACACCACACGUCCCUUGAAUGGAGAAUCGUCUUUUUCAUCAUCGCAGCGAUGAAUGUUCUUGGCGCCACAUUCUUUGUCAUUUUUGGCUCAGGCGAAAAACAGUCGUGGGCGAUUAACGAGGGAUAUAAUGAGUUACCAAAGGAAGAUCCAGAUAAAUAG